GCGCUACCGGUCUCCCAACACUCCUCCUCCUCUCCACAUCUCCAGGCCAUUGCCAGCCUUUAUCUAACCCGCCCGACCCUGCAGCGUUGGAUUUGGCUUCGACACCGACCUCACCCGCCUCUCUCCACCUCCACACCACGGCCCCGAGCGCACCUGCCCCCCCGGUGUGCACCAGCCAGUCCGCCGACAGCAAACGGAAGCCGCCGGCAUCGCGACUGCAGACGUCCCAGAGGCACUGCACGCACACAUCGCACCAUCUCGCCUGAGACGGCGCCGCAAUCGACGACCUCGCCCUCGCAGCUUUGACUAGCUGUGAAGCCCGCCAGCGUCGCGAUCCCUCUCCUACGCCGGCCCGCGAGCUCCCACCCGAGCCGCUCCUUCACGUAUCUUCUAAUUUCCGUUUAAUACCUCUCUUUGUAAUGCUUGCUUGCCUCUCGUAAUCCUCCAGCGGCCCUCUCCACUACUCCCACCGCUCGGUCCCUCCAAGUCGACCGGAUGCCUUACACGCCGCCCUCCCAGACGCGGUCGCCUGCAACCUCCAAACCCAACAGCCCUAUUCUCAGUCGCAACCAUUCCUACACCGACCA